CACACAUACUGAGACACACUCACGCACACACACACACACACUUCACAGCUGGUGUGCCUUCCUCCAGCAGAGACUGACAGAAGCGGGGCGACCGCUCUAAGCUGCGAGCGCUCAUCUCUCCUCUCCUCCACCAGCGCGUCUUUUGCUGUUGACACGAAAACUUUGAAGAGGUGAGAGGCGAAACGUCAAAACGCCGACAAAUCACGGUCGACAGCGCGCGUCAACAAAUAAGGAACGGUGGUGGAAGGUGGCGAGGAGGGGGCAGAAAGAAAAGAAACCCAUCAAGUCCGAGAAAAAGCGCCGGAGCUGGGAGAAAGAGGGAAGCUAUGCCAUCUCCCGCCGAGCAGAGCCCAGUCCUCCUCUGUUGUGUGUCGGAGCUACAGCAUGGUGUCUCUCUCUGGACCCUGGACCUGCUGCCUCGCCCCGGGGAGAACUCAUCUCCUUCUCCUCUCCGCCAGAACGCUCCUGCUGCUUCUCCUAUUAGCCGUCAUCACCUCCCCGGAGCCCUGCUUCCCUCACCCCCAGCCCUGCCACAUCCUCGCCCGGAUAGGACACACCGUGCGCCUCGGCGCGCUCUUGCCGACCCGCCAGCCGGCACGGAUACAAAACGCGCUCAACCGCGCCCUGGCGAGCCUCCGGCACCAAAGCGGCUCUUCGGACUCCUCCACCACCACCGCCGCCUCCCAGCCGCCUCCUCUGCUGCCCUACAACCUGAGCCUGGAGAUGGUGGCUCGGUCUCCCGCGGGAGGAGACCCGGAGUCGUUGUCCCGUAGCGCCUGUCAGGACCUGGUGGUCAGGGGUGUGUCAGCCGUGCUCGCUUUCCCCCGCUCACGGGAGGAGCUCAUCCAGGUGGAGUUCCUGUCAUCUUUCCUGGAGAUCCCCUUCAUCUCCAUCCUGGAGGACACAGAGCCCCUUGUGACUAAGAACCGGUUUCACCUGCAGAUGUCGGCCCGCGUGCCUCCAUCGACCCUGGGCAGUUUGCUGCUGGCAGUCCUGCAGGGGGGAGAGGGGGACCGAGACAGGGGGAGCCGGGGUGAGGGCAGCUGGGGAGGAGCCGCUGUGAUCUGCCCCGGCUGGGACGAAGGCGGCGACGGGCUGCUGGCUCACCUGCAGAGGCACAGCGGUUCUACCUGGCAUCUGUGGGACAUCAUCAACCUGACCCGCAUCACAGGGGGCCGAGAUAGAAGAGGGGAGGCCAGCGAGGAGAGGAGGGAGGAUCAGAUGGAAGAGGAGGCUUUGAAGAUCAUCUCCACUCGUUUCCUGCGCUCCCCCUCUCCUAUCUCCUCUGUCCUCCUCCUGGGGUCUGACCCCGAGUGUCUCUCCUCCGUCCUGCGGGCUGCUCAGCGCCUCGCUUCAUCGCUACCAGCGCUGCAGUGGAUCAUGGGAUACCCCUUGUCUCCGGAUUCCCUGCACACUCUCGGAGGUCCCCUCGGAUUGCUGGCCUAUGGGGAGGUCGGCCGCAAGCCAAUCAGCUUCUACAUACGGGAUGCGUUGCAGCUGAUUGGAAGAGCGGUCUCUGCAGCAACCAUGGUGAGGCCGGAGCUGGCGCUGAUUCAGAACGUGGUGAACUGUUAUGACAAGCCGAACCGUCACGAACUGCCAUCGUCGGGACAAUAUCUUGCCAGGUUUCUCUCCAACACUUCCUUCAACGGGGCCACAGGCUUGAUCCAGGUGGACGCCAGCGCCUCUCGGGUCCUUUCCUCCCAGCUGUUUCACGUUUGGAGCCUAAAAAGAGGUGCUCUGGGCCAGCCGGCUUGGGUUACCGUGGGACAGUGGACCCGGGGCCGACUGGAGCUAGAGGGGGGCAUCCUGGGACUGGUGGGGGGGCUCGGGAGCAGCCAGGGGCAAGGUCUCGGAGCUGGCGUGAGGGGAGGGGACGGCCAGGGGGACAGUAACGUUGGAGGUCGCUGGAGGCCGGGACUUUCCGUUGAGGGACACCGCCUAAAAGUGGUGACACUGGUGGAGCACCCGUUUGUCUUCACAAGGGAGGUGGACGAGGACGGAUUGUGUCCGGCUGGUCAGCUCUGCCUGGAUCCCAAAACCAACAGAUCCGACAUAAUCCAAGGCCUCUUCAACCAGCUGCACAACCCAAACAGCACAACAACGGACUGGGAGGGCAACCACUUACCGGAGGACCUGAGAAAGUGCUGCUACGGUUACUGCAUCGACUUGCUGGAGAAACUGGCAGAAGACAUGGGCUUCACCUUUGACCUUUACAUAGUCGGGGACGGGAAGUACGGGGCUCUGAGCGGGACGGGACGCUGGACGGGACUCGUUGGGGACCUCCUGAGUGGAACCGCUGACAUGGCCGUGACCUCUUUUUCCAUCAACUCAGCCAGGAGCAGAGUCAUAGAUUUCACCUCGCCCUUCUACUCCACCAGCCUGGGCAUUCUGGUUCGUAGCCGGGACACUGCAGCACCCAUCGGGGCCUUCAUGUGGCCUCUGCACUGGUCCAUGUGGGUGGGCAUCUUCGUGACGCUGCACCUGACGGCGCUCUUCCUCACUUUGUACGAGUGGAACAGCCCCUUCGGCAUGACUCCGCACGGCAGGAACAGACUGCGUGUGUUCUCCUACUCCUCCGCCCUCAACCUCUGCUACGCCAUAUUGUUUGGCCGCACUGUUGCCACCAAGACUCCUAAAUGCUGGACGGGGCGCUUCCUCAUGAACCUGUGGGCCAUCUUCUGCUUGCUGGUGCUGUCGAGCUACACCGCCAACCUGGCUGCAGUCAUGGUCGGGGAGAAGACCUUCGAGCAGGUUUCAGGGAUCCACGACGACAAGCUGCACCAUCCCUCCCUGGGUUUCCGUUUCGGGACGGUGAGGGAGAGCAGCGCCGAGGAUUACAUGAAGAAGAGUUUCCCGGAGAUGCACGACUACAUGAGACGUUUCAACCAGCCCACCACCCCGGAAGGCGUACACAUGUUAAAGACAGAUCCUCCUACCUUGGAUGCGUUCAUCAUGGAUAAAGCCCUGUUGGACUUUGAGGUCUCUAUCGACGCCGACUGCAAGCUGCUCACUGUGGGGAAGCCGUUCGCCAUUGAAGGCUACGGUAUAGGCCUUCCCCAGGGCUCCCCUCUAACCCGCAAUGUGUCAGAGUUUGUGAGUCGCUACAAGUCAGACGGCUUCAUGGACAUGCUACAUGACAAAUGGUAUAAGGUUGUACCCUGUGGGAAGAGAGUCUUUGCAGUCACCGAGACUCUACAGAUGGGGAUCCAGCAUUUUUCAGGCCUGUUUGUGCUCCUGUGCAUGGGGGUGGGUGGAGCCUUGCUGACCUUGGCAGGUGAGCACACCUUCUAUCACCUGGUCAUCCCUCGCCUCCGGCGCACAAACACGCUGCAGUACUGGCUUCACACCAGCCAGAAAAUCCACAGAGCCCUCCACACCACGUAUGAAGAUGUUGGAAAGGAGCUGACCGGCCUCGACCAAAACCCCUCCUCUUGUAUCUCAGAGAACUGCACCCUUCACAGGAAGCAGUAUCAACCUCCACCUCCAUCUCCUCCCACUUCCCUCCCUGCUUCCACCACAGCUGGCGACACCAACAACUCCUCGCCGUCCCAUGAACAUAAGGAGAAACGUGUCCACUUCGACCUGGAAACACUUCACAGCUACCGCCUGCGCACACACACCGCGUCGGUGCGCGGCCGGCCCGGCAUGGUCGGCCGUCCUGGCCUCGGCCUCGGAGGCUUGGGGCUGGGCAACCUGGGGGGGUUUAUCUCUCCUCCGCAGAUCAGCCUCCACGCCAACGGGGGUCCCGUCUCGACUCUGGCCUCCACUGGUUUGGUGCUCACUCCGCUGGGGAGCAGGGCUGCCCAGACCAGCCUGUGGGAAGGGGAGCUCCAGGAGCUGCAGGGGAGGAUCGAGACAUUCCGCACCCAGCUGAGGGAGGCUCUGGCUCGGAGGGCUGAGAUCCAGAGCAGCCUGGAGAGGGAGAGGAGUGGACUGGUACGCAGGGACACCAGUCUGGAAAGGGAAAGGGACAGACAGAGGAUACAAACUAUUAACACAGACAGAAGCAGCUCCGCUCAGCCCAAACUUCCUGAGAGAGACAGGACCAGCCAGCUGCAAACCCUGAACAAUCAGCAGACAGGGAGGGCUAACCAAUCAGGUGUUCCCGGGACUGUGGACCCAGCGAGAAGCAGCCAGUUAAACACAGUGAACAGUUUGGACAGAGGACGCGCCAACCAGUUGCGCUCUGUUAACACUCUGACAGGGGAGAGGACUGUCCAAUCACGCACUUCUACUAGUUUGGAGCGAAGUCAAGUCAACCAACAGGGUGCCGGAACUGUCCAAUCACGGAACACUUCCAGCCUGGACAGACAGAAGGCUAACCUAUCGCGCGCUCUGAACGCUUUGGAGAGGACAAAAGCCAACCAAUCAAGUGUAAGCAGCGGGACUUGAUUAGCUCUCUGAAGGAAUCCAGGGGGACUGAUGAGGUGUUACUUGCAUAGCCGCGGGAAGAUGGCUUUGUCGUCAUGGGUUAAGUUUGUGGGAAGAUUUACAGUAUAUGUUUACUCACAUCGUUACUUACCGCAACCUAAUAAUUUUCACACUCGCUUAAAAUGACAACUAAAAAAAUUAACUGCAACCUAUGUGCUGAAAAAACAUCAUCCAUGCAGCCAUAAACGAGCAAUGCAAUAUUUAAAUGAAUUAUCAACGAUAUCCUGACAUACCAGAUCAGACGAAUUCGCUAAAACCACAGUGCUUACUAUGGAAACCAAGAGGAGGAACCGUGAACUACAACAGAUAAAGUUGUGGCUGAAGAGGCCUUCAAGCACAUAUGGACAUCAGUGACAAGAGCACAGAAAAAUCACAGUUAGCCCAGUGUAGAAAUUAAAUAAAAAUGCAUAUGCAACGGGAGCUGCAAUAGCUGCAAAAAAAAUCUAUAUAUUUCAAAUAAUUCAUGUAAUAAUUUCCCAAAAAUGUGAAUAAGAACGGAAGAAACUGUGAGGAAAGAGUGGCACAGACCUGAAACAAUCACGAAUAUUUAAAAAUCCACGUAAAAUUGAACCAAGCUUUCUGUGUGUUGUAUUCCUGUGUGUAUCGUCCUGCUAUUGUUAUAUGCCCAAAUGUGUCAAAAAUACAUUUUUUGGAUAUUUUUACAGCAAAAUCCCUCCCUUCUCUGUGUCAGACUUUAAAAGGCGUCUUGCAAUCCCCACACAAAUGCUUUGAGAUGCUAGUUUUCUUUUGUGAUUUGAUGAUUUCUACCUUCAAAACGGUGCAAAGACGGGACGUGAUAGGGCUGUUUUUUUGAAAAUUCAUGAUAUUUCAUGACGGAAAAUGUUUGUUAUACUGUUAGUGGUGAAAUGGAUUCAAGCAGUUUCACUCUGAGACUCAUUUCCACCCCACAGCUGCCGAGGUUGGUUAAGUUGAAGCAUUGUACCACUCAAAUUGUCUUUUUCCACCUUGUUACCUUGUAUUAGUGUCAUUAUAGACAAGACGGGGGGAUUAAAAAGUGCAUUUUUUUUUCUUCUUUUUAAUCUGAAAUGAGGAACAAGUUUUACACAGGGGUCAGCUCACACAGCCGAGGAGACAGGUGCAUAACGUCUUCUGUGGCUCAGAAGGGAGCUUUAAGUCUGAGAAAGUAACCCAGUGAUUACAAUGAAUCAUGAGGGCUUUAUAGCAAAGCUUGCAAUACAAACUGAGGCUGUAAAGGCCAAAGAAAGUCUAUUAAAAAUAUGCUGCUGGGAAGCGAAGAACCCAGUCCUGUUUUUUUUUGUUUGUUUUUUUUGUUCUUUGACCCAUACUGGAGACAAAUACUCGUGCUAUUUCAGCGUCUGCUGCUUUACCGUCUUUUUUUACAAUCUGUUUCCUGCGAGUGGCCCAACUUUAUAAAAGUGCAAUACUAAAUCACUGCAGAGCCCCUUUAAUUAAAAACUCAACCCUUUCCUGUAUAAGGUGAUUGAGUUUGGAAUGAAUAUCAUUUUCAUUACUGGGGGAAUCAUGACUCUGGCAACAAUCUUGCACUGCAAUGCACAUGAAUUUGGAGAGCUGCUGUUUACUCAGUCCCUGCAAAUCUGAGUGCAACCUCAUCUUUAGCAUAUCAUUAUUGAUUAUUAGAAGAGAUUUCUACUUUUAGAAUGAUUUCCUCUUGCAUGAGGAGUAUGAUUUUUUUUUGUUUUUUACUGAAACAGAAAUGUAUGCUUCAAAGCAAUCAUGUGGAAUGAUGAAGGUUCUUCACACACUUUGCUGUAUUUGAGACUUUUAUUCAGUUGCUCAGUCAACCACUGGAGGGAGCUGCAUCCCUGCUUCCCGCGGCUAUGGACAGUUUGUGGAUGUUUUCUUCCAGCAAAAUCAAAAAUAUGUUAAUUCACGCAAUUGACGAAUGAGGAUUGAUGGCAGGAGGAAGGUGCAUUUUUGUCCUGUUGUUGUCACGCAGAGCCAGAAGGGAAAAAUGGGUUUUAUGAAGUCACUCCAGCACCAAUGCAAUGUCGCCUGUAUUGUAUUGAGAUACUCUGUUUUUGUGUGUCUCUCAAUGCUUUAAACAGGUGUUGGGGGGGCUUUCAGCAGCCGGCAGAUCUGAUAGAAACAGAUUCUGAUCUGAAUUUGAGGCUUUUCUGACGGUACUGAUGUACAUUUAAACGUUUCAACCUUUGCUGUGGUGUGAAGUGGUUGUGUUCACAUGCCAUGGUGUCUACGAGAAGAAAAAAAACAUAUUUUAGGUCUAUAUUGAAGAAGAGCUUGUGGUACUGGAUAUUUAAAGAAAUACUUUUAAAUUUAUCCCUUAUAAAAAAGGUAUAUCAGCAUAUUAUUGAAUUUUACCAUAAAUGGUCAUUCACAUGUUUUGAAAUAAACAUUUAUAUACUUA